GAAUUUUGGCCUACGAAUUUGUACUCUUGCUGAUUAUCUUAAUGCCGCAUCUAUGUGAGUUUCACAGUUGAGGGCACAGCAUGUAUAGAGUGUGUGUGUGAAUAUCACAUGCUGUCCUAACGGUGUUUACAAUAGAAUUGGAGACAUCGACAUCGACAAAGGGCCUUGCCCAGACUAAAAGAUUUAUUGAAAAGAAUCUUAAGACAAUAAACCUGUUGAACUAGCCUUCUUUCAUCGCCCAUAAUGUCUUGCUCUCUGCUGAAUGUGGGCUACCCACUGUCGCUUGUCUUCAAAGAGAACGCAAUACGGACAACAAUGGAACCAGGUAGUCAUAUAGAUAUACGAAUAUGUAUAUAUACGCAUGAGACUCCUGCAAUACUCAAGCUAGUAUUAGAGAUUGGACAGAACCAGAAAAUACCCAUACGUUUCUACAGUAAGUACCUAUAUCCCGAGCUAACUAGCCACCCCCAUCAUGUGCAACGGAACCCAGACCGAGAUGUCCUGUGGACACCUCCUGACGCACUACACGCAGCGCUGCCCGAAGAAGUGCUCAGAGCUGUCUAUCAAGCUCGAUGAGCCGCGUGCAUACCUCCCGGACACGUGUGCGCGGUGCGACCCAGAAUACAACGCGUCACGCGCGCAACGCUUUUACGCCGACCGUCAUGAGAAGGUUCUCGAGCAGCUAUACCGUGCCAUCACCGCCGCCCCGGCUUCGCCCAGCGACGGCCCUGGCACGCCCAAGAAAACAGAGCAACAACAUCAGAAAGAUGUCAAACGCUGCCUGGGACGCCUCGAGAUCCUGCAGCGCAACGGCAAUGCGGCCGUCGGGCGCGCCAGAUAUGGCCAGGUGCCGACGCCGGGCUCCACGGCAUCGCCCGUCUACGCCGGAUCCCGGGCGAAACUCGACGUCGAGUUCCCGCACAGGGGUCGCGGCGCGGAGCUGCCCCCGGGCGUGACGUGCCAAUGGAUACGUGGCCGGUGCAUGUGGAUAACGUCGGGAGAGCACAUGUGGGGGAAGAGCAGAUGCCGCAUCAAGAGGGCGUAUAGCAGCCCCGCAGCCGCCAUCGCCGCCGUAGAGGGACUCCCGAGUCCCAUGCCGCGCCUGGGCGCAACGCCACGGAGGGAGCGCCCAGACCCGUUCGCUAAGGCGGCCGCCGCGGUCGAGGGGCGCGAGUUCGAUGACCGGCCGCCCCGGUCCCCGCGUCUCAAGAGGACCAAGCCGUACAUCGGCCCCCGCGAUAGCGCAGUCCCCCGCGAUAGCGCAGUCGUGUUCGAUGACGAAUACGAGCGGCCGCCGUCGCGAGCGUACAUGCGGAUGCAGCGGAUGCAGACGCCGCCUCGAGCGCCUUCGCGGACACGGGAGUACACUAACGAGUGGGGUCAGUAUAGCGGCGGCAGCACCUCCGCGUCCCCUAAACCAAACGGAAAGCGGUAUGCAGAGCCGAGUGCCGACCAAGACGACGACUGGGACAGCGAUGGGAUGAUGCGCUCAGCCCAGCCGCUCGACAAGGGCAAGCAGCGCGAGGAACCGCAAAGGCAAGCGCUCGACAAAGGCAAGCAGCGCGAGGAGCCACCAAGGCAAGAGCUCGGCGGCAUCACACACCACCAUCACAGCAACAACACCAACUACGACACCGACGAGAAUGACGACGACGUCGAGGACAUGUGGCUGCGGCUGGGCGAGCGUCAGCCCGACGCGGUCAGGGUUAGGCCGUCCCUCCGUCGAGUGAACAAGCAUCUUUAGCUGGAGCAAGUGCAUGCGUGUAGGCGAAACAUGUAGGUAGGUAAAGUACGGUAAGAAUAUGGUAAAGUAGAAUAUAUAUCACAAGCAUCGUCCCCGCUCUUUCCUGAAA